AUGGCGCGUACACGAGGUAGCAUUAGAAAUAAUGGCUAUCCAGAUGUUACUAGAAUGGCUCCUCGUAAAUUAUAUUUAGAAGAAAAACCACCAAUAAAAGAAUAUUUGAGAAGGUUUGAAAAAGCACUCAGUAGUAAUCCUGAUGAAUUUGAUAUGACUGUGUAUGAGGCUUGUCCCGAUAUUACCAAACUUUGGAUUAUUCAAGAUCAGAGAAAGCCAAAAGUAGUUGAUCAAGAAAUCUCGUGGGAGGGUUCAUUUGAAUUGUUGGAACAUUUACCAAAUGAAUUAAAAUUGGAAAUUAUUGAUUUUAUUCCAACCCGUAGUUUGCAUCAAAUGCAUAGAAGAAGACUUGAAAAAUUGGGAGAAGAUAUUUUAAUGGAGUCUGUGAAUGAGAAAUGUUUAUAUUAUUUGGAUAAACCUUUUGUGACCUAUCACAAGAUGAGAAUAAUUAACAAGGAGUGUGCCAGAAGAAUGAAUUUAAAGAUUUUAGCAACUGACAGCUUUGAUCUGUCAUCUUUUCACGAUGAGAUUUCAGUUGAUAGAAAAAGGUCAUUGUACUAUUUUUUAGAGUUCAUACGAGUACAAUCUUUAUUGGAACGAAAAGAAAUUUCCUUAGAUAAUCCGUUUAUAUAUGAAGGAGUUGAAAAUAUCAAAAAGUUGGACAAGAAAAUAUUCAUUUCCGAACCAGAAUUAUUUCCUAAAAACACGGAUAUUCCUUCUACAGAUCAAAAUGAGCCAAUAAGCUCGGAAACUUUUCAAACAAUCACUACUGAACUUGAAGAUGAAAAAUUGGAAGACUUGCUUUCUGAAAAACUAUCCAUCUACGUAACUCCUACAAGAAGAAGACGUAAACCACAAUUUGUAGAAAAAAGGGACACAAAAGCUAUUGAAAAGGCUCAAUUUUAUCAAGAACUAGUUCCAGCAGAUAACAUUCCGACAAAAAUUACUUUAGACCAUCUGAAUGCUAAUUUUCUUGAGGAGGUAUCACAAUAUUUAGGAGAAAAUAAUACUAUCAAGCACAUAGUAUUUAGUGGAAUGGAUUCGGCAUUUCUUACUUGGAUAUUGAAAUCACUCAAAGGGUUGAAAACAGUUGACAUGGUAUCUUGUGUUGUACCGCCUUACUUUGUGACCGAUCAAGGCAAUUUGCACAAUAUUGAAAGGAUAUCUUUUUUCAAUUGUGCAAAUGUUUUUAUAGACGAGUUUGAAAAUCUUGCAAACUCUCUUUCAAGAUCUUGUAUAAUAGAAAGCUUUCUUAAUGAUGAGGAGGAGCAUUGUGACUUUGAUGGCCAGUUCAAAUACUUUGUCAAUGAUGAACUCCAAACUGAAUCAAUUGGUGAUGAUAAUGAGAAGCUCGUGAUUCAUUCCCACUCAAACGACACUUUCAUCUUGAACGAGAGAAUGAAGACUUUUUUUUCGUAUGAUUAUUUCAGAUGCACAGGUGCAAAUCAUCCUUUAAAUUUCUUACAAUUCCAAGAUGCCCUCCCAAUCAAACAAAAGAAAAAUAUUUCUGAAUUCAUGUUUAAGGAGAAAAGGAUUCCAAUAGAAUUCUCCAUAGCAAUGAUAGCAAAUAAUGAGCCAAAUCUCAUUUACUGUUAUAUUAUUUAUUUGGCUAAUACCUAUCAGAAUGGUAGAUUGCAAACGCCUACCGUUGAUGGAACAAUUUCUAGCUUAAAAUAUGGAUGGAUACCAACAAAAAUGAUGCAAGAACUCACUCUCAACACCCUAACAUCAGAUUACCUACCUUUAGCACUGAACUAUAUGAAAAACAAACUAUCUGUAAGAAUAUUUGCCCAAUUUUUGAGAGAUUUAUUGCUUGAGAGGAUUUUUGGACACAACACUAACGAUAAUGAAUUAUUUGCCAUUUAUACAGUUAUUAAGAAGGUUUUACCCACAGAAGAGAAACAUGUAUUAUAUGAACAUGUUAAAUGCAUUUCAAACAAAAAUGCUGAAAAGUAUUUGCCUUCUGUUACCGUUCCUAUCCUGGGUCUAAUUUUCAACAAUUUCCAACUUGGUGUUGCAUUGUUGAAUGAAAUGAGUGACUAUGAGUUGCUUUUUCAAAAUGAGUUGGGAGACACAAUUUUACAUUUUCCAUUGGCUCAUGAUAAUUUACUUAUCAAUAUGAUUUUAGAAAAACAACCCAAAUUAGCUAAAAUUGUAAAUAAUUACAAUAGCACAAUUCUUCAUAACUUUACAGCAGAUAAUUACUAUCGUAUUCCAGUAAUUUACAACCUGAUUCACAAAUUUGAUGCAGAUCCAAAUCAUAGAGACAUAUUUGGCAACACACCAUUUGAUGAAGGCAAUUUCAAUUUUGAUUACGAGACAGGUAUUAUAUCUCAUAGAUUCAACUAA